GGCGUGUGCGCUGGGCGCACCUGAGAGUACUACCGAGCCCUGGGCCGCACGUGCGGGGAGUGUGAGUGGUCCGCUGCAAAAGGCGUCUCGCUGCCUAAGGGAAGGGACCAGGGACUGGCGGGUGCCCGGCCCGGCGAGUGGGGAAGGGGCAGCGACCAUGGAGCGGGUCAACGACGCUUCUUGCGGUCCGUCGGGCUGCUACACCUACCAGGUGAGCAGACACAGUACGGAGAUGCUGCACAACCUGAACCAACAACGCAAAAACGGCGGGCGCUUUUGCGACGUGCUCCUACGAGUAGGCGACGAGAGCUUCCCAGCGCACCGCGCCGUACUGGCUGCCUGCAGCGAGUACUUUGAGUCUGUGUUCAGCGCCCAGUUAGGCGACGGCGGAGCUGCAGAUGGUGGUCCUGCUGAUGUGGGAGGCGCGGCGGCGGCUCCAGGCGGCGGAGCUGGAGGCAGCCGCGAACUGGAGAUGCACACCAUCAGUUCCAAAGUGUUCGGAGACAUCCUGGACUUCGCUUAUACGUCCCGAAUCGUUGUGCGCCUAGAGAGCUUCCCCGAGCUCAUGACGGCCGCCAAGUUCCUGCUGAUGAGGUCGGUCAUCGAGAUCUGCCAGGAAGUAAUCAAACAGUCCAACGUGCAGAUCCUCGUGCCCCCUGCCCGGGCUGAUAUCAUGCUCUUUCGCCCACCUGGGACUUCUGACUUGGGCUUCCCUUUGGACAUGACCAACGGGGCAGCCAUGGCAGCCAACAGUAACGGUAUUGCUGGCAGUAUGCAGCCCGAGGAGGAGGCUGCCAGGGCCACAGGUGCUGCUAUUGCGGGCCAAGCUUCUCUGCCUGUGUUACCCGGGGUGGACAGAUUGCCCAUGGUGGCUGGACCCCUAUCCCCCCAACUACUGACUUCUCCGUUCCCUAAUGUGGCAUCCAGUGCACCUCCACUAACUAGCAAGCGAGGCCGGGGACGCCCCAGGAAGGCCAACCUGCUGGACUCCAUGUUUGGGUCUCCAGGGGGCUUGAGGGAAGCAGGCAUCCUUCCAUGUGGCCUGUGCGGGAAGGUGUUCACUGACGCCAACCGGCUCCGGCAACAUGAGGCCCAGCACGGCGUCACAAGCCUCCAGUUGGGCUAUAUCGAUCUUCCUCCUCCAAGGCUGGGUGAGAAUGGGUUACCCAUCUCCGAGGACCCCGAUGGCCCCAGAAAAAGGAGCCGGACCAGGAAGCAAGUGGCUUGUGAGAUCUGUGGCAAGAUCUUUCGUGACGUAUACCAUCUCAACCGGCAUAAGCUUUCCCACUCGGGGGAGAAGCCGUACUCGUGCCCGGUGUGUGGUCUGCGGUUCAAGAGAAAAGACCGAAUGUCGUACCAUGUGAGGUCCCAUGAUGGGUCAGUGGGCAAACCGUACAUCUGCCAGAGCUGUGGGAAAGGUUUCUCCAGGCCAGAUCACUUGAAUGGACAUAUCAAGCAGGUGCACACUUCUGAGCGACCUCACAAGUGUCAGGUGUGGGUUGGGAGCAGCAGCGGCCUGCCGCCCCUGGAACCUCUUCCUAGCGACCUGCCAUCAUGGGACUUUGCCCAGCCUGCUUUGUGGAGACCUGCAAUGCCUCCUUUGCGACUCGAGACCGCCUGCGCUCCCACCUGGCCUGUCAUGAAGACAAGGUGCCCUGCCAGGUGUGUGGAAAGUACUUGCGGGCCGCAUACAUGGCAGACCACCUGAAGAAGCACAGUGAGGGGCCCAGCAACUUCUGUAGCAUCUGUAACCGAGAAGGCCAGAAAUGCUCACAUCAGGAUCUGAUUGAGAGCUCCGACUCCUACGGUGACCUCUCCGACGCCAGCGACCUGAAGACGCCAGAGAAACAGAGUGCCAACGGCUCCUUCUCCUGCGACGUGGCAGUCCCUAAAAACAAAAUGGAGUCUGACGGGGAGAAGAAGUACCCAUGCCCUGAAUGUGGGAGCUUCUUCCGUUCUAAGUCCUACUUGAACAAACACAUCCAGAAGGUGCAUGUCCGUGCCCUUGGGGGUCCCUUGGGGGACCUGGGCCCUGCCCUUGGUUCACCUUUCUCUCCCCAGCAGAACAUGUCUCUUCUUGAGUCCUUUGGAUUUCAGAUUGUUCAGUCAGCGUUUGCAUCAUCUUUAGUGGAUCCUGAGGUGGACCAGCAGCCCAUGGGGCCUGAAGGGAAGUGAGACAUGCUGUGUCCCCACAGAACAGCCGCUGGGGACUGCUGAGCAAUGCUGUGAAUGCAGAGGGAAGUGAUGUCUUUGGGUUCUGUAGCUGAGAGAUUUUUAUUCAUUUUUAAACCCCAUCCCUGCCCCUCCCUCCCUCCAUUAACCCCACCUGCUGUGGUCUUAGAAACAGACUCUCAUCUGAUACUCUCUGUAGAAAUACUGAGAGACCCAAUAUGGGGCAAGGGCAGAAAGCACUACAUCGGCCUCUGAGGCAGUACCAGUUCUGGUUUCUCUAGUGGUCUGAAGCCAGAAUUUCUGGUGCUCAGUUAUUGGUGUCCUCACCCCAACUCUAAGGCACUCUUGGGCCUCGCUUGGUAGUUUUGGUCCCUCCCACUUCUUUCAUUCCUCACCCCCCUGCCUCUGUCCUCAAAAGAAGUUAAGUAGGGUCUCUACCCUCUUAUGGCCAACUAUUUUUAAGGAAGCCAGAAACCUACAGCAUCCCAUGGACCAUACAAAGAGUGUCCUCUGAGGUUGGCCCUGGUCUUCUCGAGCUGCUGGAAGCUAACAUUUCACUGCCAGGACAAGCUCACCUACUGAGGACACUUCUACCCCAAAUUCCAGUUCUUACUUGAGUUUAACCAUUCAGCUUGCUGUUGGGUUUUGAUUCUCUAAUUCUUAUUAUUGUUAUUUUUAGGACCAGUUGUAGUGAAUUGCUACUGAAAGCUACCCCAGGUGACACAGCUCUUUGUAAACCGCAGUCACACAUUAGGGUUAGUAUUAAACUUUGUUUAGGUGUACCAUAAUUAACUUGGCUAGUUGUUUGAAGUCUAUGGAAGAAAUAGUUUUAUGCAAAAUUUUAAAAAAAAAAUUCCAGUUUGAUCAGGAAGAGGGUUCCGUGGUGCUGAGAGCCAGGAAGGUGGGAGAACCUCAGGUAGAGACAUCGAGUACCUUGAUUGUCUUACACUUGAGCAGCCCAGGUUGACCUUGUGAUGUGAAUUGACCUGAUCAGACUUUAUUAAAAACGUUAGUAUGAUA